AAUAUACUCCAAAUUUCUAUAUCUGGUUUUGCUAAUCAAGGAAGAAAAGUGAAAGGCUGACAGGACCAACCAAAGCAGAGGACCCACAAUCCGUACUCUCCCAUCUUGCUGUAUCCCACAAACAGCAGCAACUGGGAGUGACCGAGUCACUGAGUUUAUUAGAGCUACUCUCCUUUGCGUGGUGUAGUGCACUGUAGUAGUUUUUUGUCUUGGUAUUUAUUUUUGCAAGAUUUACGAGGGGUCCCUUGCCUCCUUAGAACCUUAACUAUUCCCUCACCUUCCUUCCCCUCCCUUUCUCUCCUUGUUGGUGAAGAUAUUUUAACAGCAAGUACAAAAGGAUUUUAAGGGUGAUAUGAGCCAAAGAAAGAAUACAGAAAAAAGAAUAGGAAUCAAACAUUCGUAGUCAAAUCCUGUAUUUAAUGGUGAAGCUAAUGAACUCAUUUAAAGACAAUUUACUCUUGAUUUCUCACUGAAGGGAAUCUGUACUAGGUGCGUGCAAUACAGGCCUAAGAAUGAGUAUCUGUGAGAGUUGAAGUUUGAAAAAACCCCGUUAUUGGUGUUCACCAUGUCAAGGCAAUCCCUACUUCCUCCUCGCUGCCCAUUUCGGAAGCAUGUCGUUUCUCAUCCAAUUCACGAAUCCAGUCCGCAACACCACAGGUCUCCCUCCCAAGGUUCAGUUCUGGAGGAGAAGCCAGCAUGGCUUGAUGAUUUGUUAAGUGAUGAAGAUGCAGAUUCAAAAGGAAAGUGUCUUCGCCGGUCUGCCAGUGAUUCGGUCACCCUCUUGGAUGGUAUUGUGAAUUCAUUUUCAGGUUUGAGUCCAUAUAAUGAUGAAGCUGCUUCAGGUGGCAAUGAAACUUGUAGUGGACUGGAGUCAGCUUCUAUGUAUGGUCCUAAUUCUCCUAGGAGAAGAGGGAAUGUGACCUUCUCGGAAAAUGCCAUAGCAUCAGCCCUAUCGGAGUAUGCAUUUCAAAAUCCUUUGCAGUAUGUAGACGGCAGCCUGUGCAUUUCGGGGACUAAACCCUUGGAUCAAAUGGGGAAUGCAUGUGGUUCAGCUGAGGAGCUCAAUGGCGAGACAAACCCUGUGAAACGGCAUUCCGGGCAACGCUCAAGAGUUCGUAAACUCCAGUAUAUUGCUGAACUUGAAAGAACUGUUAAUGUUCUGCAGACUUUGGAGUCAGAGUUGGCAGUCAAGGUUGCUUCUAUGCUUCAGAAACGUGCUACUUUGUCCCUGGAAAACAACACAUUAAAGCAGCAGGAGGCCAGAAUACGGCAGGAAAAAUUGAUCGCAGAGGCUCAACAUAAGGCUUUGAAGAAGGAAGCUGAGAGAAUGAAAAACAAGUUAGGUUUCACAAAUUUGAAGUUCAGAAAUUAUUCCAGAUCAAGUCGCCCUCCGGAGGCAGCUAGAUCAGAAGUUACAUGGCAGAUGGCAAAACUUAAUCUUAACUAGUCAGGGGAGUCCGUGUCCAUGCUUCAACAAUACGUCUCAAACAUGAUUUUCUACUCAUCAGUGUCAUUUUGUGAAAAAAGUAGACAGCCUUGCUGCAUCAUGUCAUAUAUUGGUUAGGAUACCUUGCACUCCCGGGGCACAAGUUGUUUAUAUCUUGCUGUACAUGAACCGCCAGUGAACGGACUUGUAUAACAGGGAGUGGCAUCAUCUUUUCACUAGAAUUAUCUUAGCAUCCAUGCCCGGGUUACAAUCUCGUGCUUGAUCAUUAAA